AAUGAUCACACUAGGAACUUAUUCAUUUAUUUAUGUUAGAUAUAUGAUCUAAAGUUAAUAUACUUUCUCUGGAAAAGUUUCUUAGGUUUGUCUUCAUAAGAAAAGGGAUACAUAUUUCAAAAAGGCGCGAAAGUUUCAGCAUAUAAAGCAAACAGAAUGAUAGAAAAUAACAUAUCUAGUGAAAGUGAUGAAGGAGAAAUAAAAUCAGAUUUUGAAGCGGAUUUCCAAGAAGAACUACAUAAUUUCCCCCACAUUUUAAGAUUUAUUCAAAGAAUGUGCGAUCACAUUAAAAAACAAAACAAAAAGAUUGCCAAAUUACGAAAUAAACUCAAUGAACAUAAAAGUAAAAAAUUAAUGGAAAAGAAAACCUUAAUUGACUAUGGAACUCAAACGAAUCCAUUAGAAUAUGAAAAAGAAUCAUGUCAGGAUUGGAAUAUUAAUAAUGAUAAAACAUCAACUAGUAUUAUACAACAAGUUAAAGAAGUAGCUGAGUCUGCUUUGUUACAAACUGGUUUUGUCUAUGAAGAAACUUCUGGUUUAUAUUAUGAUUACAACAGUGGAUAUUAUUAUGAUGCAAAACAAGGUUUAUAUUAUGAUGGUAAUACAGGUACAUAUUACUAUUAUGAUGAAAUUAGUGGAACAUAUCAAUUCCAUAGUCAAGCACAAGUAACUGUGAAUGAAGCAGCUGCACAUGUGAAAAGCAAGAAGGAGCAGAAAACUAGAAAGACAACCAAGGAUGAGGGGAAGAAACGCAAACUUGCGGAAAGAGAAGAACGGUCGGAAGAUGAACUUGAGGAGGGUGAAUGUUCAAGCAAUGAUAGUGACAGCAAUUCUAAUGAUAUUACUCCAGAAUUAUGUACUAGUAGUGACAGUGACCAUGAGGAAGAUCAAGAUUUAGCAAAAAUCUAUCCCCCAUGCAUGAGAAUCAUAGUUAAGGAAACCAAUUUAUCAAAAUUAAAAAUUGGGAGUCUCUUUUUUGUUGCAUAUACUGGUGGUUCAAUUGGUCGUGAAGGUGAUCAUUCUGUAGUAAUACCAGAUAUAAAUAUAAGUAAACAUCAUGCUCGCAUUUUAUAUAAUGAAGAUAAAAAAAUAUACGAAGUCAUUGAUUUAGGAUCAAGAAAUGGCACGUUCUUGAAUGGUAAAAGAUUGUCUGUGGCUAAGCAAGAAUCUGAACCUCAUGAAGUUUCACAUGGUUCGAUUAUACAAGUUAGUACUACGAAAUUGUUGUGUCACAUUCAUAAUGGAAAUGAAACUUGUGGCCACUGUGAGCCAGGACUUGUUCAGCAAAGCAUUAAUGCAGAAGAGAACAAAGCUUCUAAGAAAGACCAACACAAACAAGAAUUGAGACGGCUGAAGCAUAAGUUUGGCGUAGAAAAAGAUAAUGUCGCAAGUGCUAGUCAAUUAGCAUUGGGGUACCAAGACAGAGCGCAAAAUCGAAGACAGUGCAUCGGUUCUUUGAAUCAUCAUGCUAAAACACAACAAAGUUCAAUGGAUACAUCUAUAGCAAAAGACAACAGGGGAUUUAAACUGCUAUCAAAAAUGGGCUGGUCUGAGGGACAAUCCUUAGGGAAGGAAAGAGAUGGACCAACUGAACCGGUACCUUUGACGAAUAAUCCGAGCAAAACCGGUCUCGGCGCAACCAGCGAAUUUCCUACAAUCGAGCUAGAUUCUACGACGGAAAAGAAGCAGGCGUUAUGGCGAAAGACCCAGCAACGUUACAAAGAAAUAACCGACCAUGCGAAAUAAUUGCACCGUGAACGUUUGUCGGGAAAAACGCUUGAUUUGCAUUGCACGCGCUUUUUCAUCGUCUGUCACGGUAAGCGAAGACAAUUACGUUCGACCGUAAAAAUUCUCAUCAUCGUUAUGUGAAAUACGGAAUUUUGAAAAAUUCUAACGCUCAUUGCUAGAUGAUUUUUGAAUCGUAUAUGCAUAGAAAGUAAAUUUGGCGGAUCGAGUGCAAAAUAGAAAUAAAAGUGUAAAGUAUAAAUAAGAAUAUGCCAAGUUUUUAAUGUUAUAUAUGAAUUUCUCAUUAUCGUCUUAUAAUUUUUCUCUAGUAUGAAUUACAAAUAUUUUUGUAAUAAAGGGUAUUUCUCCCAAUAUGUUUGCGUGUGUUAUGAGUUAGUGGUUAUUGAAAUAUUAUUAAAAAUUGUCAUGUUCCUGUUAGAAUAUGAGAAAAUGAUCUCAAUUUAAGGAUUAAUAUAUAUAAUAAGAGUUAUAAAUUGUAUUGGUUUUUUUAUUUAUUGAUAUCCGCUCCGUGAUUAUUAUAUUUUUAUAAUUAGAUGACAUAUUGGAAAUUUAUUAUUUCAUAUUUUCUAAUCCUCUGUCCUAAUUUACUUUUUCAUGAUACUCCUUAUUCUUCUCUUUUUGUAACAAAUAAGAUAGCUACAUGUAUCUUAUAUUCCCGUAUCUGAAUCCACCCUUUUUCUUUUCACAAACAAUAGUCUUCUAUCAAUACGUAUUAUGCAAUCAUCACUUGAGUUUUAUUACAUUGAAAUAGGAAAUCUCAAUCUUGAAACUUUUUAUAGACCUUCUUUAGUACUAAUUGUCUUCUAUGUACGUUUUCAGAUUGGUUCCAAAUUUUGCCAAAAUAAUCAGGAUAAUCGUAUCUCGUUACAACGAUAAGAAAAUUCCAAACAGUUUCGUAUACGAUACAUAAUAUAUCUAUUCUAAAAAAUUUCUAUGCUAAGCAUCCGAAUACUUUCGUAAGCAACUGUAUGAACAAUUUUAACAAUUCAAAGCUUCCGUCAAUCACACAACGAUUCUAUUUUUUACCAUCAUUAAGCUGUUAAUAUCACCAUGAAAAGUAAUGAGGGAAACGAUGGGGAACAGAGGAAAUAAUUGCAUCUCGGAUCGAAAACACGUACGGAUUCGUUGCAAUUGAAGCAAAGAGAGUCUUAGACCGUUCAUUUCAUCCAAGACACGGUUCGUUUCUCUGGACACUCCGGUGCACCGGCGAUAUUUAUAAAGCAAACUUCACGGUGCAAAGACCUCGGCGCAAGUGUACCGAGCCGAGCCGUAAGUUUAGGCCAAGCCCUUAACUCCUUCGGCACAUCGUGCGGUUUUCAUAAUAAACUACUUCCAGCGACGCUCGAUCUCCAUUAUUUUUACGGCGCGCCUCGUGGCCACGACGUUUGUCACGAUUUCCAGGCGGUUCGCGACCGGAACCACGACGCUUGCAACUCCGUUUUCUGAUCGGUCUAUUAAAAUUUCUGCAUGAUUUAAACGCGUUCCCUACACGUGUUUCUAACAGUUUUUUUUUGUUACGAGUUUUGCCACACGACACUUAUUUCUUCGAUAUAUUUGAAUUAAUAUAUUCACGAUCAAUUUCACAAAUAGUCGUGUACAUGU